AUGCAACACCCAACCCAAACCACCCAAACGCCCCCCGGCCGAGUCCUCCAUCGCCGAAACUCUCGCGGCGCUGCAAUGACCACCAAGGAGCUCACUUCGCGGCCUCCUGGAACAGAGGAGCGCCCCAUGACGCCGGAGCGCACCUACACCCAUGUUGUGUCCCCGGCCCCGGCCACCCUCCCUAAGCCCGCUGACGCGUCCACAACCAUCGGCGGAGACAUCGCCAGAACCCCUAACCAGGGGGACCGGCCAGCCCGUGUAUACAUGGAGAAACUCCCCCAGGGGACGGACAGCCGUACCCACCUCCAAGUGGAGGUCGCAGAGGACAAAGAUGGGCCGUGGACGGUGGCAACCGGACGAACGGCUCGUACCCAUCGGGAGUCGAUUGGUAGCCGUAAAUCAAGCCCUGCUGAUAGGGUUAGUAUAGAAGUAGACCAGGCGCGUGGACAAAUAGAGGACAUAACCUCCAUUGUGGACGAAGCUGCAGCUUCGAUGUCGCCUGAGGUGCUACGGCUCAUAGCCGACAGAUACGCCAGUUUGGCCAGCGCUGUGGAACAGAGGACCCCAGCCCCGAGACCGGAAUCCCUGACUGACACUACUCCUGAGUCUAAGGAUGAGUCAGAAGCAAUCGGUGGAGCAGCGGAAAAAUCGGACGCCAAACCGGGGCCCGAUGACAGCCCCGACAGCGAGCCAGAGGGCUCGGAUGGACACCCCUACCACCUGGGAGAAGCUGAGUGGUCGAAGGAGACUCAGGAACCGGAAACUCCGUUGGCCGGUCCCUCCCGAGAUAAGGGAAAGGGCCCUGACCCCGGCAACUGGGGCGGAAUAAACAUAUCCGAAAGCGAGCUGGAAUAUCAAAGAGAUGCCUGGAAAGCAUUCGAAUUAGCCCAUGAGGAGCAGGACAAAGGGAAGCACAGACAAAGCCCAGUGGUGACUCCGGUUGAAAGAGGACACCCACCGGGGGGUAGUGCCCCCUUGUCCAGGGACGCGACUUCCGUGAAGGGCGAGGAGAUGGGAGCGGCCGCCAGAGACCAAGGCGUGUUCAUGCGCAAGUUCAAGCGAAUGAGGGAAAGACUGGCUGAGCUGGAAGAACGAGAGAGUCUGAGGAAGGCAUCUCGACCAGCAGCGAGCCCAGUAGAAAGCCCGCGUCUGGCCAGCGCCGAAAUAUUCACUCCCCCUCGCCCGAAGAUUGUUAAAAAGCGGUCGACCUCGAAAACGAAGCCCAAUGGCUUUGUAACGAGCAUGCUGCGAGGGGUAAGCCUUCAGCCAUCUGAUGAUAGUGGGUCCAGCCCUGACCCUUCCUCUGGAGACUCGGACUCAAAGGGGGGACCCACCGAUAGUUCAUCUGGUGAAUCAGGAUCAGAAUACGGGUCUUCGGAUUCGAGCUCGGAUUCGGAUAGCUCCGACUCUGACUCUAGUGGCCCUCGCUCCAAGAAGAAGCCUUCCAAGAAGAAAAAGAAGUCGAGCAAGCCAGCCAGGGGAAAGAUGUUGGUUAAGCCCAACCCCCCUGCUUGCUACGACGGAUCUGAGAACGCCGACCUGUACACCCAAUCGUUUUUGGACGGCGAUGCCAAGGACUUCUAUAAUCGGCGUAUUCGUGGUCAGGAACACAAGUGGACGCUAAAAAAGAUGCUGCGACGGUUGCUGAAGUACUGCUUCUCGCUGGACUAUCGCCAGAAGCAGCGCAAGAGACUAAAUCGAUGUCACCAGAACGGGAAAUCAGUAAAUAAACACGUACUGGAACUCGAGAGCAUACUGCUCCAAAUCGGAUUGAAGAAAGACCGAGAGCGUGUGGCACUCCUCUGGAACAGCUUCGACGCUGAUAUCCAGGAAGAGCUCUUCCGAUUUGGCCUUGAUCCUGAAAAGUCGAGGUGGAAACGAGUGGUGAAGAAAGCUGUCCGAGCCGAGCGAUUCCUUAGCCUAGACAGGCGGCGAAAGGGAAAGGCGACGGCAGUUGCUACGACAGGCGUGGGCCCAGGCCAGCACGGCCAGGAUCAAGAAGAGAAGCGGAGAAGGUUCUUCCCACGGAAACAGGGCGGCAUUAUCAAAGCAGCUGCCGCCACAGUGGAACCACCUCGGGAAAGCGGACCAAGACCCGCGGCUCGAUACCCGUCCGCCGUUGCCACGGCCUCCCCAUUGGGCAAGGCCCAGAACACACCUGACCGACCCUGGGAGCAACGGUUGUCCCCUCAGAAACGAGCUGAGCUGAUGGCCCGGGGUGUGUGUUUAAACUGCGAGGAGUCGGGCCAUAUGGCGCGCAGCUGUCCUAAGCUGACGUCAAUGAAGUCUAAGGUAAAGGGGAAACCACCGGGCUUUGGAGCACAUGGCGUGAGCCUGCGCACGGCCUCCCUGGGCAAAACCACGGAAGUGUUCGAGGCCUUGAACGUGGCCAGCGCCUCCUGGUUCGAGGUCCGGGAUAAUGGAGAGGUGCUGGAACAACUGUUGGAGGCAUCAGGCCUCGGCUCAAGCGACUGGGAGGAGACUGCGGGAACUGACCACGCGUCCGAGGGUAUAUCCAGUUGCGGAUUGAGCUGCCCAGAGGUCGAGGCCUUGGCGGGGGAGCUCGAGGCGUUGUCUCUGGGACCAGGCCCAAGCACCAAGUGGAAACCGGACCUCGGCCCUAUAGACCGAUCCGUCAGAUUGGUGGGGGAAGCGUCCGAACCCAGUGAGCUCGUGGGAGACUUGGCAGCCCGCUUUGCAAGCAUGGUGCUACAGAGAUGCGCACCGUUUCCUGGCGACGAUGGCUCAGAGCCAACCGAGGGUCGAUUCCUGGUAUACCGCGUGAAAGGGACGGACUAUCAUUGCAUUCUCGAUUGCGGUACGCCACUGAGCAUCUUAGAAGGCGACGAGCUAAUACCGUCAUCUUGUCUAGAGGACGCGGACUUUGAGCUGGGGUGGCACUGGGCACAGAAGUGCUACCUGGCCCAAGGAAUACACCCGGAUGCCCCCGGUCUAUUGUUGCCUGACCGUUAUUUCUGUGCGCUAGGCGACUCGAUCUUAGCCAUGACCCUAAUCCUGCUGCAGACUUACGGAUGCGAACGGCCAAAUGAAGAAGUGGAUGCUGAAGAUGCGUCUCUCUUUGAAGGGCUUGAGGGCCUGAGCACAUACUCAUAG